GUAGCGACGGGGAUUUCCUCCUGACUGUCUACCUCUGAUAUACAUUCCAAUCAAAGGCUUUCAGCCUAAUUGAAUUCCUCUGAUUUAUUAAGAGCCUUUAUCCUGAUCGUGUUCUUACAGAAGGCAGAGAAGAAUAUUAGUAAUUAGUCAUUUAUGUUCAUUAAAAGAAAGUCAAUGAAGAGGCGUUCUAGACAUUCAAGCCGUCAGUUCAUUAGGAAGUUGUUUUACACUCUGAAUCAGUUUGGGUGCAGAGGACAGGAGAGUUUAGUUUCCCUUCAGAUCGCUGCAGUACUGUGUGUUCUUUGCUGCUGUCUUGGAUUUGAAUAGAACAUGUUCACAGCUCCUGUACAAUAAUGUGUGUCUGUCUGUGUGUGUUUCCAGGGGAAAUACGUUCCAGAUGUCUCCAGACUUGACCCCCAGGAAAGUGACCCAGAUCCCCUUCAACCAAGCAGCCAGCUCCCACUACCAUGGACUAGAGUUCUGUCUGGACGAGCAGGGCCACAAGGCCUUGGACCGGGACCAGGGCUUCGUCCGGCUGCAGUCUCGUCUGAUUCGCUACGAGACCCAGACCACCUGCUCCAAGGAGCCUUGUCCCAUCCCCUUCGCCUUAAGCCCUGCCCCCUCGCCGGCCGUGCUGUCUGAACCAGGAAGUGUCCCGGACGGAGAGGCCCUCAACUCUGACCUGCCCAGGAUCAAGAGACGAUCCUGGGACACAGACGCCAUCCACCACCAUAAGAGGUUAGGUUUGUGUGGUCCUCUGGAGCUCAGUAGGUAGAGCAAUGGCUCUUGCAACGCCAGGAUAGUGGGUUUAAUUCCCAGGGCCCCGAUACAUAAAAAAAAUGUGGAUAAAAGCAUCUUUGGAUAAAAGUCUGUUAAAUGGCAUAUUAGAGGCAUCAUGUUCUAUAUAGGCGAAGGGUCCGUACAUACAUCCUGUGGUUUAGAGCAGGUGCUAGAGGUCAAAGGUUACGUACAUGCAUCCUGUGGUUUAGAGCAGGUGCUGGAGGUCAAAGGUUACGUACAUACAGCCUGUGGUUUAGAGCAUGUGCUGGAGGUCAAAGGUUACGUACAUACAGCCUGUGGCUGUACAUACAGCCUGUGGCUGUACAUACAGCCUGUACAGCCUGUGGCUGUAAUGUGAUAGUCUUCUACUGCUAGGUUGUAUUGGCCACCCACUAUCUCUACUCGUUACAUUUCAUCUUGGGAUGUUUGCAGUCUCAGUAUAUUUGUUCAUCAAAUCCCAGAUUUUACACACAGAUAUUUCACAGGAUGAAUAAAUGUGAAGCAUUCGCUUGGCUUUUCCACUCACGACCAAAUAUGGUGAUGAGAGGAAGCCCGGUGGCCUGCGGUGGGGAAAGAUGGAGCAAGAUGGAUUUUGGCCGACAUUCUGUUUAAAUGUUUCAUCGAUGAAAAAAAUGAAUCUCAAUAUAGUUUUCUGUUCCCAAAACUAUAAUCUGUUAU